AAUUGUCAUUUUAGUUAUAAUGGCGGAAGACGAUGAUGGUGUUUCGGAUAAAAAAACAUCUCAAAAUUCAAAUAAUGCAGGCUAUCCUGAAGAGAAUCAGCAACAUUCAACAAAGCCUGAUCUAGGUAUAGAAGAAGCUAAGUAUGACAGCAAAGAAAAUGGUCAUACUUCACCAACAGAGCCUACUAGCUCGACGUCAAAGUCAACGGGAACAAUGCGUAAAGAUGAUAAUCCUUUUUCAUUUCGACAUUUCCUGAAGCGCGACUUAUCCUUACCAGGGAAUUCUACGUACGAGAACACCGGUGCUAGGCCAAAGGUUUACGCGAAUACAGUGCAGCAUUCUCCUACGAGAAUAGAUAAAUUGGAUAUUCACAAUGAAUCGAGGCGGGAGAAAAAUCGUUUCAACGAUAUCAAAGCCAAAGAAAAUAAAACUGACAGUGUUUUACAUCGCAAUAGUGACGAUGCUUCAUCAAGUAGUUCAGUAGAAAUUCCUUUUAGUGUAGUCGAAGAAUCUGAAUCUAAGCAUAACUUCUAUGCAGAUCAUACGGAUGUUCCAUUUUUCCACCGGCCUAACCUGGCAUCAGAGCCUCUAGGCAUGCCUUCUCUUCCUGACUUUGUUCAAGACCAUAUUUUGGUGGAACAGGCUUAUUUAAAUUCAAACGGUCCUAUAUCAGUAGAUCUCGAUAAUUUACCAGACUUUACAUACACUAAUUCUAAUUAUAGUGCUGGUUCCUCAUCUUCUCUAGGUAGAAGAAAUAAGAAUAGUUAUGGUAACAGAAAUUACGAUUAUGACUCUUAUUUGGGUGCUCCGUCAACCUCUGCUGAUCCAGCAAUACGGAAUGUUCCAUUGGAUCUCCCUGGAGGGGCUGAGGCAGCUCCUCCAUUAGACCUAGUGCACCUUAACUUGGAUUUAACGGAGUCAGUUAACCCAGCAGACAGAAGAAAUGUCUCACCAAGAAACAACUUUCCUCUUGAUCUCCCUCCUAAUGCUGGAGCUGAGUCAAUGCGGUUGCCAGAUUUCCUACCAAUACACCCUGGCAGAACAUCACCUGAACCUCAACCACAGAACGACCAGUUGCAGCAUAUUGUCGAGUUAGAAAGGACUAGAUCCGAGCUAUUUAUGGAACGGAACAGACGUCUACGAGCUGAAGAAGAGUUGAACUCUGGGAGAGAAGCACUUAGACUAUUAAGGUCCGAGUUGAGCAGUGCCAGGGCUUCUGAAGCGGCUUUAAGAUUACAGCUGAGCGAAGCUAGACAUGCCGAUAGAGAAUAUAUUGGCCAAAUUGAGGCUGCUACACAUCGAGUUGAUCAUAAUUUGAUGGAUACUGCUAGUCGAGCCACUGAAGGAGAAUCAAUGAUUACCAAAUUGAAGAAUGAAAUCAAAAGACUAAAGGAGGAAUUAUCUUCGUCCCAAGAAGAGGUCCGUUCCCUCCGCAAUGUUCAAAGCAACGCGGCCGUCGACCUGAGGCAUGCUACCACCGUCGCUGAGACAUCACUACGGGAAUUAUUAUCUGGAUUGGAGCGACUUCGUUCGCUCAGUUCCACUUUGGACCCGACUUGAUAUUGAAAUACUGAGUUAUGAAAUAAGUAGACUAUGUCAGCUUUGAGCAGAUUCGAUGUUUUUACUGAUAAUUGUAUAACCUGAACUUAAUUGCAGUUCUUUUGAAUUCUGAGACUAACAUUUCGUGAUGAAAGACAAUGCGGUCUCUUUCCUUGGAAAAAAAAUUGUGUAUUAUAUAUGAAAAUCUAAUAUUAUUAUGAACUCCUUUGUCCCAUAUCUCCAUGGGGAAUGGAACCAUAAGAUAACCGACCAGGAAAGUGUUAUCAUUUCAACCUGCAUAUAUUGAUGUUGGGUUUGGAUAAUACUUGAGUAUAAUCUAUUAUAGGAUCCAAAGUAUCUAAAUUUUGUAUAUCUUUGUAUGUUUGUCCACAAAUUUCUCGGAAACUAAGUCAAUACGAGACGGUCCGUUUUGAUUUGUUUAUUCCAACUUAAGGAUCAGUCCAAUUGUAUAUCGAAUUCGCUUCAGUCGUUUUUGAGAUAUAUACAUUUACAUGUAUAACAGGUACAUAGGUAAUGUUGACUAUUCCAAGUUGGUUAAUAUUUAACUAAUAAAAUGACGCCGUUACAUCAGCAGGUGAACAUUUACGGUCUAUUUUUGGUCGUAAAAAUAUCGAAUCUGUAAAAAUAAAUAGUUUUAUCGUUAUGGCUGCUUAUAUGAUUUUAACAUAUAUUUGCUAGUAAAAGUUAUUAGUAUUUUCGCAUAAUAAUUAUGUUUAGUAAAUUUAUAUUUAUGUCUAAACUGCUGAACCGUUGAUUUAUCAGGUGAAAUAUCUCUAAAUGAAACAAGAAAUAUGUUAAAUUGUUUUUUUAGGCUUUUAUCGUUUUAAAUGUAAAAUUUCUGAACAAUGGUUCAAUAGAAAUUGCACUUUAACCGAAAAUAAAUUUUUUAUUUUAUUAAAAAUCACUCGGUUUCAUUAGACAUGUACAUUAUAUGUGUAUUUUAUAGUUCUAUAUUAAUCCGAUUAUGUUAAGUUUAAAUAAAAUAAAACUAUGUUUUGACUGUUUCUAUGUUAUCUAUAAUGAUUUUUGGUAUAGAUUAGAAAAUAUAGAGCAAUUGCUUAACCAAUACUCAAAUUUAAUUAAAUUCUCAAAAGUUGUCAAACAAUCUUUUCAAUGACAUUUGACUUAAUCGAUAUAUUGAUUUGAGAUAUACGAGACUGGCUAUGCACCAAUGGAUUUUUUAAGUAAUAAUACUUAGUCAUGCAAAACGUGAGGAAAUAUGACAGGCACAGGCUGGUCUACUUGCCUUUAAAAAUGGACAGCAAAUGUAUAAAGUAUAGGAUAUAUAUGAAAAUAAUUUAUUAAAGUGCAAUUUCUUUAAAACCUUUUCAUUUUUCGGUGUAAGCGUAUCGGCUUAAUGUAAAGACGAAAUUGGAAUAAAAUGUUAAUCAAAAUAAUACUCAAAUUGUAUUAUUAUGGACUGUAUAUAAAUAACUUCGAUAAUGUAUUUUUUAAACAGUUGUUUAGUAACUAUCAUUCAGAAUUCAGAGAAAAUCAAAUUAUUAUAUUUAUUGUUUAUCAGAAUUAAGUACUUUAUCAUUUUAGUUCACGGUUGAACUGUAUUCUGUAGAUUUAUUUUCAAUUAAACGAAUAACAAAACAACGCUCUUCAAUGAAUUUUAGUCUCUUUCCAAAGGUCUUUUGCCGUAACGAUAUUAAUUUGAUUUGGUAUAUAUUUCGCGGCAUGCUUGUGUAUAUACGAAAAAAAACGUUUAGUUAGAAUUCAUUUUUGAAUACAUAAUUUAUUUCAAACAUAGUUAAAAUAUAAAUUGUGUGGAAAAUUGUUUGAUCAAUAAAUGAUAUCGUAUUUACGUAUACGAAAACUUCAAACUAUAAGUUCCUUCUAAAUAUACAAACGUAUACAAUUGUAUGAUAAUGACGUAAGCCUACGCUUGGUCACGUGAUCAUGGUGAUCGCCUGUCGCGAAGUAUGUUUGUCUAAGUGUAAGAUUCAAAGUCGAGAAUUAGUGAUAAGUACAACUCGCAUAUGUCAAAUCCAAUACGUUUAUGAUAUAAAGUCAUACUUAGCACGAAUCCUUCUCUGAAUCUUACCCUAAGACAAAAAAAACAUCACAUGAGAAAUUAAAUCGAGUUUAUGGUUUCAAUUUAUGUGCUGGUUACAUUAUUAGUAUUCGUUUCUGAUUGAAACCACGGUUUAUUUAGUUACCGAUGUCAACUUUUAUUUAUUUACAUUAUUGUAAAUGUGUUAGAAUAAAUCUAUGGGAGACUAGUACUUAGUACUUAGGUAAGUUGUCUAACACUUACUUUUCAUGUGUAUUCGGUAUAAAUAAUUCGCAAACUGAUUUUAGUAUCGCAGUCGGCGUUAGGGGUUCAAGUAUUACGUAACAAAUUUUG